AUGUCUACAUCUGAUGUGAACAGAUAUGACAGACAAAUUCGUGCAUGGGGCUUUGAAACACAGAGAAGGCUUCAGGCAAGUAAAAUUUUUGUAAAAGGAAUCAAUUGGACCUCAAUAGAAUGCAUGAAAAAUUUAAUUCUCGCAGGUGUUGGAAAAAUAGUAAUAUUCGAUGAAAGCAAUAAACAGAAUACUGAUUUGCAGGUCCUUUCAACUUUAAAUCCAAAUACUCAAAUGGAAUUUACUUAUCAACCAGAAAUUACAAACUAUGAUGUUAUUUGUUUAUUCGAUUCAGACGAAGAUACUAUAGAAGAAGCUAUAAAAUCUGAUAAAGUUGUAAUUGUUUGCUUCGGUGUCGCUGCUUAUUUAGUUUACCAACAAAGAGACUUUCAUUUUAAUACCGAAUCUGAGAAAACAGAUAAUCUCGGUUAUACUAUUUGCGGAGGAUUGAUUUCUCAAAUGAUUGUCGAUCAUCUUCCACCUUUAACAACACCUGUUGCUUUGAAGCUUGACUACUCGCCAUCUAAUUACUCUGCAAAGAUUGUUUCAGUAGCUGAAGCAUCAAAUUAA